CCCAUUGGAGAACAGAAAAUUUAAUGAGCUUUUAAUGGAAUGCAAUGCUCAGAGUAGUAAAUUAUUUGUUAGUUGACGAUGCAAUCAGCAUGCUGAUGAAGGUUGCUUGGUUUUUUACUAAACAUUAACUGAAUGAAAACGGGUAGUGCUUGUUCUGCUUGGGGGGUUUUAAGGAAGCAAAUGGACUUUCAGAACAGAGAUUGUCAAUAAAGGCUCUUUACUGUUCUAUCCAAAGAAUAACAACACAUCAUGUCAAUACUUCCUUUAAUAAAUGGACUGACUCCACAAGUUGGGGAAGAGGAAGUGGAGACAGAGGAAAAGCUUAGCCGGGCCUAUGGGGCCCGAGUUUGAAGAGGGAGAAGCUUCUCCGGGACGGACGGGGCCCCUUCGGCUCCUGCCUUAUGCACGGGGCACCACUGACUGACCAGCCUCAUGCAGAAAUUCAAGUACUACGAAGAAAAUAAACAUAUACAAAGUCAUGGCUGAGCCUCUGGGAAACUUACAACCCAGGAAGAAACAUUGAGCUGACCAACAACUGUGCCUAAUCAAAGGAAUACCCAUCUGGAGCACUGCAUAUAUCCUUUGAGAAGGUGCCCCAUGACAUCAACCACAGCAGAGGCCGAUGGUGAUACUGGAGGAAGCCCACAGCUCAGGGAAGGCUUGGAGCGUACAUGGCUGGGUUCCUGAGCACCGAGCUGUUAAUCUCGCCUCUGGAGCUGGAUGGAGGCCCAGGCUGCCUUGAAACACUGAGCGAUGCCAUGCCAAUUCAAGGCUGUGACCUUUCCCUGACCUCAACCCCAAGCCCGGGGUCACCUUGCUGCAGCUCUGGUGAAGCACUGAAUGGAAGUCUUGCUGGAUUAUUGGCACUGGAUAAGUGGGUCUUCAGAGAACGUCCGGUAGAGCAGAGACAAGAGCACAGCGCUCUCGUUCCUUUGUUCUCUUCAAGGAGUGAUCAGUUCUCUCGGGCUGUGGAGAAGGCUCACUCAGUAAAGUGGCUGCUCUGCAAGCACUGGGAAUUUAAUUUACUAAUCUCAGCUACUAGGAAGCCUCUUCAGUGGUGGACGGUAGCUACAGUUUCCUCCCAUAAGCUUAAGUAUACAAAAAAAUUCAGUGUUCCAAGAAUGAAAAUCAUAAACAGCUGCUCCAAAGACUGGAGAGGUCAGAGAAGAGGAAGCUCAGAAAGAAAGGAGUGUCUUUUACAUGCUGUGCUUCCAACAACCACUCUCCAUGGUGCUGGAGCAGAAACCGCAGACUCGUCUUGUUCUCAUAUGGGAAAUCUCCUGAAGACUGAGAAAUCCACGGUUGAGGGGGCCAUCAUCCCAGAAAAGAAGAUGCUGCAGAGAAAAUCCCUCUGGACUGAAAUACUCCCUCCUGGAGGCAGGAGGAAGGCUCCGGAGAUCAACCCUGGGAGAGCUGAAACUUAAGAGGUUAUAUGACCAUACUCUCUCAUUGCCGGGGUAGUAAUCAACUGUUGAGGUGCAGACACUUUCCAACUUCCUGGGAACAGAAACCUUCCCAUCUGGGGUGAAGGUGGAGGCUCUGGAGACUCACAAGGUCAAUAAGUCCAGGGAAAAAGUUGCAAGAUUCCCUCCACGAGGUUAUGUAAAGGGGAAACAACUGCUUGUGGAAAAACUCCCCUCCCUGCUCUGGCUAGCAACUGGCAAGUGUCCUGCAGCAUGCACCGGAGAUGCAGCUUCUGAGCUGAGUCAUCAGAGCUGGGGUGGGAUUUUGGUUGAGGCAGCUGCUGGGGAGUCACCCAUGGUCCAGUAAGUGACCUCUACCCUGCUUUGUGAGUAGCCAGUAAAUGAAUUGGUACUUUGGGUGUGAACGUGCUUUGAUCUGUUCUCUGUGCCCUAUCUGCGGUGAAUAGACAUACGUAACUCCAGGGGGAAAGUGUCACAUGACUGAAGGACAAAGUGAUGGAAAAGGAAGCAAGAACCCAUUCCUCUGAAGAAGCAUUAAUGCAUUUGUGAGCAUGGGUCCUUGUGGUUUUGUCACCUGUUAAAGGUUCCACCUCCCAAACUACACAUCGGGCUGGGUUUCCAACACAUGGCUUUUUGGUGACACAAUCUCAAGUACUCACAGAGAAUUUGAGAUAAUAUCUGAAUUGUCUACUUGAUUUUGUAAUAAAAGGUCACCGUUUGCCUCACAAGAGUAAUGUUCUUUGGCCAAAAACAAUUGUUCAACUUAUUAACAACUUUCCAACCUGGGUUGUCCUCAGGCAACCAUUUCUAAAGGAUGCCUUUUUCCUAUUUGGGGCUAAGUCUUAUUGGAAGAGAUAAGAAGCCCAAAGAGAAGAACCAGCCUGGUGUGGUGGCACAUGCCUUUAAUCCCAGCACUUGGGAGGCAGAGGUAGGAGGAUCACCGUGAACUCAAUGCCACCUUGAAACUACAUAGUAAAUUCCAGGUCAGCCUGGGCUCUAGUGAGACCCUACCUCGAAAAACAAAACAAAACAAAAAACAAAGAGAAGAACGAGUGUGCACACAUUGGAGGACAGGCUCAGCCACACUAAUGGCAACUUUACAUUUCCAGAAACAGGGAUUGUCCCCGUAGAAGGAAGUCAGUAAGAAGCGAAAUGUUAGGGAAAUAAAUAGCAAGGAAUAAGAGAAGAACUGUCAUGGAUUGAAUAUAGGCUCACGACUUUAUUAGUAGCAAAGACUACCUGUUUAUUCUACUAAUUAUUAGGUUUGUAGAGCUGCACAUAGUCUCCAUAGUUGUUUCACGUUGGGUUUAAGUCUUUAAGACCUCUGGGAGCUAUCUGACACAGAAUUCUUAUCCCACUUCCAAGCACAAGGAAAUUUACAUGCAAGAAAUUUAAUUUUAAGUGAUGGGGCCAAAGAUUAUUUUGUAAUAGACCCAAGGAUGGAUUUUUUUCCCCCUUCAAGUUCAAAUGCCCACUGUGGCACUGUGUGUUAGGCACAAGUUACACUAAGCUGCUGAGCCUUUGCAUCACUGUGAUGUAGAACACGUGCUUGAUGCCAUAUGAGGGGAUGCGGACAAGCAAAGGUAAGAAGUGCACACCUGAGACAGACAAUCGACAUACAGCCACCCUUCAUGCAAAACUCAGCCGUGUCCUCGGAUGCCACGUGGGCAGUUACACGCUUCAUGGCUUACCAUGGUCCAUUUAGUCUCUCAUUCCCAAAUCUAUGUCAGUUCUGAUUUAAUAAGAAUCCAAGAGAUAUACUUUGUAGAAACUAUUUUUUUUUUCAUAUAGAAUUUCUCCAAUUAUUACAUCAGAACCAUAGAAUACUUCUAAAAAUUGCCUACUUUGCUUCCUGCAUAUGCACUCCAAAGACCAAUACAGUUUUGUAGCUUAUGUGAAAUGAAUGGGGAAGGAAGAACAUGUUUUUUUUUCUUGUGUUAAACUAUGAUAUUAUUAAAGUGUAGGAAUUGUUUCCAAUUUUAUGGUUCAUAAUUUAUUCAGCAUCAUAUGCAGUUCUUCUUAUGUGAUUAGAAAACUUAGACUACUGGGAAAUCACUCUGUCUAUAAGAAAUCAUCAUUAUAAUUCUAAACUCCUUUGCAAAAAGUCAUUAAAUAUGAGUUUAACUUA